CUCUCUCGCACGACGGUGAGAUCAGCUGAGGCAGCAUGGACGCCAGGCGCCGUUCUGGUGCAGUGUUGACGAUACAACAAGGUCUGACGAUCGCAAACGAUACACUGGACUCGUUUCGACGAAAGCAUGUCAGUCAAAACAGGGAGAUCAUCCACAAGAACUCUGAGCUUCUCCGUACCAACACCGACUUGUCUCGGCAGCUCGCUCAGGUCCAAGCACAGCUCAUGUCCCUCAAGGCGGACAAUCUCAAAUUGGGCGGCAAAGCCUUCCAGCUCGAGAUGCAGCUGUUACUCCAAAAAGACGAGCUCGCGAGAUCACAAACGAAGAUCAGCGAACUGACUCAGGCUGGAAACGGAUCAGUGAUCAGAGUCCCACAGACUGCGCUCAUUCAGCAGUUGCGCAUGCAAUUCGAGGCUGUAUUGACGCAAAUGUCGGAAGCGCAACAUACGUUGCAGCAAGUGAGCCUUCCGGUAGCCUCUCCAUCAGCUAGCCAGCCUAGCGAUGCCGGCGAGCGACAAGCACGACGCGCCUACCUAUCGGCACGAUCAUCAGCUGCUCAAUCGCUCGUCCUGCCACGUGAGGGCCGCACUGUCACACUCACCCAACCAGCCUCGGACCUGCUUGCAUCUGCAGGAUUAGCACAGUCUGCCGACAAGGCGAUCAGAUCAGACAUGCCGCCUUACCCCUACAAGGCGGCUCUGGCUGCUCAACCCGAGCUGGCUCGCUUGCAGGAAGAUCCCAACGAAUCGCUGCUUGCGAAUAGUCAGAGGUCUAGAAGAGCAUCUCCCGCACCGUCCGCUUUACCAGAAACAUCUAUUGCGUCAACAUCGAAUCUAGAUCAAUCAGACCCGACGCUGCCCCCGCUCGAUCUCAGCAGAGUCUCUACGAAGCGCAAAGUGACAAAGACGAGGCGAGUGAGCGGCUUGCUAGGCUCUGUCAGUACACCUCCGCCCGAGCCCGAAUCGCCAUUACCUUCGAGUGAGACGAAUCUGCCAGACCCGACCGAGCACAAGAAAGCACGCAGAAUGCCUAGAGCGAGCAAUAUACCCAUCGAUCUCAUCAUACCCAAUUCGCUCGAUUCACCAGCUCGUUUAUCGCCUCAUCGAUCUCAAGUCGAGAUCAGCAUCGCAAGCCCGCUGGCGCAGGAGGUACGACCUGGCACAAAGCGACCCGUCUCGCCCAUCAAGCAGUCUGUCCACAAGUUCUCACCCGUCAAGCCUGCUACAACACCUCUGCCGCUGCGAGAUGUGACGACGCAAAGGAUCAACCAGACCAAAGACACGCCUGCACCUCUGCUCGCGAACGUCAAAGCGGUUAAGAAAGCGCUGGCGUAUGUAGAAAUAGACGAGGAUGUUAUCGCAGCAAGCCAAGAUGUAGAGCAAGCCGCGGAUGAAGAACCUGAAGAGGCAGAUGAGGCUGAAGCGCGUGAAGGACGAAGAUCGAGAAAGCAAGUCAGCUACGCUCUACCGAGCCUGCGAGCGUUCGUCAUCACAUUGGAACCACAUAUGCACCGCGCUCACAGCAGUAUAUACAGGAAAAUGCGGCAGCCUGAAGGCUACGUGCCCUCCAUCAAGCAUGCGAAGAAGCCUCGACGAACGUCUCAGCUGCACGCAGACCCGAUGCGUCGUGCCUCAAUGGCAUCGUCUCAGGACUUUGAGGACGGACAGUCUCCACCGCAUUCGAGCGCCAGAGAUCUCGGCCUCGAAUAUGCGACAUGAUGUAAAUUCGUGAGGACUAUGCAUGUGCGGGCGUAU